AUGUUAGUAGUUGAUUUUCAGCCACUUUUUGGGGAGUCAGCCCAUGGCCUAUAUGUUAUACCACUUGAAAAAUCAAAAUAUUUUGAACCCGAGAUAUUUGAUGAACUUGGGAACGACCUAAUUUCUCUUUCAUCAAAAGGCAAUACUAUACUCCUUGGAGAUUUUAAUGCUAGGACAAGUAAACUAGAAGACUACAUUUCGAAUAAAGGAAAUAAGCAUGUUUAUAAUAUCAAUGAACAUUCCUUACAACCUUUAGAAAGACAAAACAUCGAUGGAAUCAUAAACAACCAUGGAAAGCAACUUAUAAAUAUUUGCAAAAACAGUGACAUGAGAAUCUUAAAUGGUAGAACCAAGGGUGACUCGCUAGGAAGACCUAUUUUCCAUAGAAAAAAUGGAACAAGUGUUAUUGACUAA